AUGUUACAUUGGGAAGGAAACCAUGCAGAUCAGAAAACUUGCUUCACUCUAAAUAUUGUUCGACGUACUGAACCUAAAUCAAAAUUAGACGACGACUGUGAUGAAGCCGACGUAUUGUGGUUCGAAUUAAGUACAGAAGAAAUUAAUUUGAGUACACGAAUUCCCUUAGUGUUAGAUGAGAUAAAUUUGUAG